AUGUCCGGAGCGGCGCCCGACGCCGAGUCCGGCCGAGAGGGCUUCACCUGCAGCGCGCUGCUCAUGUGCCUCUACCUGCCGGGCCUCUCCAAGAAGAAGCCGGAGGGGGCGAUCAGCACCAGCACGAGCCCGCCGACAGCGGACAAGGCACCGGCACCGGACCAGCCUGCCGAGCAGCAAGAGGCCCCGUACGCGCCGAGCCGUGCCGCGUCGCUGGAGAAAUCUGAGUGCACGUCGCUCUGCUCCCGCAGCAACAUCGUCUUCGACUUCGUCGCGGAGGAAGGGGAUCAGGCGCCAGCCCAGGCGGCGAUCCAUGGGUACUGCCCGUCGCCGUGCUUCGACCUGCCCGUGGAGCUGAUAAGGGCCGGCGAACGAUUUGGCGUCGUCGCCGCUGACAGCGAGGCGACGCCGCCGGUCACGGCCACGUUCGUGUUCGACGACGGCCAGGGAAGGGGCGCUUUGAAGAAGACGGCGUCGUGCCUGGCACCCGGCGUCGACGGCAGCAGCGAACCCAGCCUGUCAGUUUCGUCGUAA